AUGCUUAAAAUACAGCAGCUCACUGAAGACAUCUAUUGGCUUGGCGUCCUUGAUUCCAACCUUGCUGUCUUCGAUAUCAUCAUGGAGACAAAGUAUGGUACAACAUACAACGCUUAUCUUAUAAAGACCCCAGAAGGUGCAGUUCUCGUCGAAACAGUUAAGGAGACAUUCUUCGAUGAAUACAUCGAGAAGGUUAAGUCCGUCAUCGGCGACAUCCACAAGAUCAAAUACCUUAUCACAAACCAUACAGAACCAGAUCACUCUGGCUCCAUCAAGAAGAUGAUCGAGCUCAUCCCAGAUCUCACAGUCGUUGGCUCCAAGACAGCCCUCACAUACCUUGAGGAUAUCGUCAACAUCCCAUUCAAGGGCCACUCCGCUGAAGAUCUCAAGGUCCUUAAGUUCGGUGGCAAGUCAUUCGAAUUCAUUUCCUGCCCAUUCCUUCACUGGCCAGACUCAAUGUACACAUGGGUUCCAGAAGAGAAGACACUCUUCACAUGCGACUCAUUCGGUGCUCACUACUCACCAAAGAAGUCCAUCCUCAUGAGCCAGCUCCCACCAGAGGAAGAGGAAGGCUACCAAGAUGCUCUCCUCUACUAUUACACCGCCAUUUUCGGCCCAUUCAAGGAGUACGUCAUCAAGGGAACAGACAAGAUCCUCAACCUUGACAUCAAGCUCGUCGGUCUUGGCCACGGCCCAGUCCUCGAUGCUCGUAUCAAGGAGACAAUCGAUACAUACCGCAAAUGGUCUGCCCCACUCCCAACACACGAAGGCAAGGAAGUCGUCAUGGUCUACGCCUCUGCUUACGGCUACACAACAGAGAUGGCCGAAGAAAUCAAGGCAGGCAUCCUCGCUAAGAUCCCAGAUGCCAAGAUCAAGAUGUUCAACGUCAACAUCCAGAACUAUGGCGGCCUCAAGGGCGAGAUCAUGAACGCCAUCGCUACAGCUGACGGUGUUCUCCUCGGCACAAACACAAUCAACGGCGACGCUGUUCCACCAGUUUGGGAUGUUGCCCUCUCCAUGAACCCAAUCGUCCAUGGCGGCAAGAUCGUCACAGCAUUCGGCUCAUACGGCUGGUCCGGCGAAGGUGUCGACAACAUCAUUGCCAGAUUCGAUCAGAUCCGUUGCAAGGUUAUCGACGGCUGCAAGAUCAAGUUCCGCAUGUCAAAGAAGGAACACGGGAAGGUCAACGAAUUCGGCCAGCAGUUCGGUGAAGCCCUCAUCACAGGCAAGGUCCCAGAACGCGCUGUUCCAGGCAAGGUUGUUGGUGCUAAGGACUGGUCCGAGCUCAACCCAACAGGCGCCGUCGUUCUCUGGCGUUGCGUCAUCUGCGGCGAAAUCUACGCCGGUGUUACACCACCACUCCAGUGCCCAGCUUGCGGUGUCGGCCAAGACCUCUUCGAACUCUACGAGGCCGAGCAGGUCACACACAAGUCAACAGAGCCACUCAACUACGUCAUCGUUGGCUCUGGUGCCGCCGCUGUUGCUUCCAUCGAAGCCAUCCGCGCGCGCAAUGCCGUCGCUAAGAUCACAAUGAUCAGCCGUGAAAAGGUCAUGCCAUACUACAGACCAAUCAUCGUCGAUGCCCUCAACGCUGAGAUCGCUCCAGACAAAUACUUCCUCAAGAACGAAGAGUGGUACAAGGAGAACAAGAUCGAAAUCAAGCUUGACACAUCCGUCACAGCCAUCGACACAAAGGCCAAGAAGGUCAAGCUCUGCCGCGGUGAUGAACUCGCCUACGACAAGCUCAUCCUCGCUACAGGUUCCCGCCCAUUCAUCCCACCAAUCGGCCACGAGGGACUCUCCGGCGUCAUCGUCAUCCGUACAUCCGCUGAUGUCGACCAGCUCAAGGCCGCCUGCCAGACAGCUAAGAAGGCCGUCGUUAUCGGUGGUGGUGUCCUCGGUCUCGAGAACGCAUCCGCUAUCAAGGAGAAGGGCGUUGCUGUCACAGUCGUCGAGUGCAUGCCACGUCUCAUGGCCCGCCAGCUCGAUACAGAAGCUUCCGCUGUCCUCCUCGAGGAAGUCAAGAAGUUUGGUGUCGAUGUCCGCCUCGGCAUGACAGUUUCCAUCAAGGGCGAUGGCAAGCACGUCACAGGCGUCCAGGUCGGCGAGGAGUUCAUCCCAGCCGAUUUCGUUGUUGUCAACGCCGGUGUCCGCGCCGAAUCCGAAGUAGCCGCUGCAGCUGGCAUCAAGUGCGGCCGCGGUAUCAUUGUCAACAACAAGAUGGAGACAAACGUUCCAGAUGUCUACGCAGCUGGUGAUUGCGCAUUCCUUGACAACAUGAACCAGGGUCUCUGGGCUCCAGCUCUUGCUAUGGGUAAGGUCGCCGGUGCUAACGCUUGCGGCGAUAACAAGACAUUCGCUUUCGCUAUCGAACCAGUCUCAAUGAUCGCUAUGGGAACAGAUCUCUUCGCUUGCGGCAACCCACCAGAGAGCGCACAGGGCUACAACGUUGUCUCUCAGAAGGAUGACAAGGAAGGAUCCGCUAUCAAGCUCUACUUCAAGGAUAAUCGCCUCGUUUACGCAGCUGGCUUCAGAAUCCAGAAGAUCUCCGGCUCCCUCUUGAAGGGCGUCAGAGAGGGCCGCUCAUUAGAGCGCAUCAUGGCUGAAAUCUUCUAA